AUGUCCGUUAAAGUAAAUAGCAUUCCUUUGCCCGAUAACAUUGACUACAAGAAACAGUCAAUACCCGUCCCUGGAACGAAGAAAGCUGGGCAGACAGCUCAUUACCGCAACGCCAUUUACGGUCUUCUGGACCAUGAUAUUCCCAAUGCCUUUAAAACCCUUCCCGAGAUAUUCGACAAUGGCUAUCUCCUCGGAAAAGGUGCCAGAUUUCUCGGCCACCGACCUGUGAUAUCCACAAGCCCCCUCAAGUUCGGAGAUUAUGUCUGGCAGACGUAUCCUCAAGUCGAUGUGCGCAGGCGUCGUAUUGGGAGUGCUCUCGAGACAUUGUUUAAGAAUGGUGUGCUUGGAGGCGGUAGUGACGGCUUGCAGACUGUCGGUAUUUGGUCUCAAAACAGGCCAGAGUGGCAAUGUGUUGAUCUCGCCCUCCAUGCUUACAAUAAAAUUGGAGUCAGCCUUUACGACACUCUGGGAAAAGAUUCAGUGGAAUAUAUCGUCAACCACGCGCAGCUUACCGUGGUCUUUGCUACCUCAAAUCACAUACCCGCUCUCCUGAAAACUGCUUCAAAAAUACCAGUUCUGAAGAUGAUUGUAUCAUUUGACCCGUUGUCUCCCCAGGUAAAAGAUGCUCUAGUUUCAUGGGGUGAAACUGUGGGCGUUCAGAUCAAGGAGUUGAGCGAGAUCGAGGAAUACGGCGAGGCCAAUCUCAUUGACACUAUACCCGCUAAACCCGAUCAACUAGCGUCAAUCUGUUAUACCUCUGGCACGACAAGCAACCCCAAAGGUGUUGUUCUAACUCAUGCCAACCUUGCCUCUGCCGCAUACUCCAAUCUCUUUGGCUAUGUGUAUCCUGAGAACUCUACAACCAUCUCUUACCUCCCUCUGGCACAUAUCUACGAGGCAAUUGUCGAGUUGGCAACCAUAGCUAUAGGUGGCUGCAUUGGCUUCUUCACCGGAGACCCAUUGCGUCUCCUUGAGGAUGCCCAACUUCUUAAACCGCACGUCUUCCCAUCCGUGCCGCGUGUUCUUAACAGAGUCUAUCAAGCUGCCAUGGCUGCUGGUAAUGUUCCUGGCAUCAAGGGCGCAAUCUUCAGGACAGCUGUGCAGACAAAGUUAGAUCAGUUGCAUCGCACAGGUGCGAACACUCACGCGCUAUGGGAUACUAUAGUUUUCCGGAAGAUUCGUGCUGUUCUGGGAGGUAAUCUUAUGCUAGUAACCUCUGGUUCAGCGCCAAUCAGCGCCGAGGUGGUAGAUUUCCUGAAGAUAGCGCUUUAUUGCGAAGUUACUGAAGGUGACCCUUCUUGCGGCGGCACUAUCGGGCCCCCUCAGCCUGUAAACGAGCUGAAACUCGUCGAUGUACCCGAAAUGAACUAUACGUCCGAGGACAAGCCCAACCCUCGUGGCGAACUCUGCGUUCGAGGAGCAAACUGUUUCGUGACGUAUUACAAAGACGAGAAAAACUCACGAGAUACGGUGAAAGAUGGCUGGAUACACACCGGUGACGUCGCUGAGGUCGACACUUAUGGCAGGUUCAAGAUCAUCGACCGUGUCAAGAACAUCAUGAAACUUGCUCAGGGCGAGUACGUCGCGCUGGAAAAGAUUGAGAACAUGUACAGCACGUGUCCUAUCGUUUCCCAGAUCUACGUCCACGGCGACUCGUUGCAGUCAUACCUCCUUUCCGUCGUGAUACCCGAGCCUGCUGGGCUAGCAGCGCUGGCAUCUGAUGUGCUUGGUACCAAGAUUUCACCAGAGAAUACCCUGGCGCUUGAGAAAGCAAUCAAAGACCCCCAAGUCGUGGCUGCCGUCCUAAAGGUGUUGACAACGGAAGCGAAGAAAAACCAACUCAAAGGUUUUGAAACCGUGAAACGGAUUCACCUCAGCUUGAGUCCAUUCUCCGUCGAAGAUAGCACCAUGACGCCCACAUUUAAGUUACGACGUAAAGAUGCCUUCGCCAAGUACAAGGCUGAACUCGAGGCUUUAUAUGCAUUGGGUGAACCAAAGCACGAAACAACCAAGCUUUGA